AUGAGCACUUUUAGAAGGAGAGUAAAACCAUGCACCGAUGAAACUCCAAUCAUUCCUGCAGAAACAACACCUAUUAUAUCAACAAACAUUAAUUCCAAUUCUACAUUUUCUAUUCCAGAGUAUAAUUCUUCAAAUUUAAUAACCACUCCUUCGAUAAUAACCUCGGAUGACUUGAGUGAUGACGAAUAUGAUGAAUUUGAUGAGGAUGAUUAUGAAGAGGAAGAGGAAGAACAAGAUACCCAUCAUUCUGACAGUGAAAUAUUGGAUUCACCUUCAACACUUUUUCACACUCCUGGUACUGUUACCAAAUCAUCUUCCUUUAUUUCUCCUUCUCCAUCAAAACAAAACUCUACAAAUGUAACAACACCUUCAUUGAAUUUAUCACCAAUUAAGCCACUCAAAAACUCUAGAAGAAACUCACCAAAAACACCAGAAGAUCAACUUGUCAUUCCAUCACCAUUAACUCUUGAUGUAUCCACACGUAGAAGAAAAGCCAGUGCUGUAACACCAAACAAGAGUGUUAGAGCUCAAACAAGCUCUGCUGUUGGGGAGCAAGUAACUACUCCUCUUCCUCAUCAGUACAGUUUUAUGUAUAAACACGUGGAUCAUAUUAAGAGAUUUAGACAUACCAGAUAUCAAACUAAUCAAGCUGUUGAUCCAAUUGCUCAAUUUAAACUUGAUAGAUUUGAAGAUUCUAGAGAAUUGAGAAACAAGUUAUCCCUAACAAAUACUUCAGAUAUUCAGAGUGUAGGUCAAUAUGAAUUCAAUGCUGUUAGAUUAACUACUUGUGAUUGGUUCAUUAAAGGAUGGCAAAAGACUCUUACUCACACAAUUAGAGUGUUGAUAGAUAUUUACAAAAAGAGAAUUAUAUUCUCCUAUGAUAGUAUAAUUGAAUCAAAAAGUGAGCAAAGAUUAACUAUUCCUUUUGAUGAAAUAACAGGUAUUGAAUUCCAACAUUCGCCUCUCUCUGAUGAUAUUAUAGUUAUUGAAACUAAACGAGUUCCAGAGCAAGCACCAUCUACAAUGCAAUCUAACUUCUUCUUCCUUUACUUGAGUAGAGAAGAUAGCGCUAAAUAUAUGGAUGGUGCAUUGCUUUCAUCAGACAAACGAUUGUUAAAACUUGCUAUUGUUGGCCUUCCUACCUGGGCCACAAUUGUAAAUAGAUAUGGUAUUCCAGUGUAUUAUAAUCACCGAGUUAGAGAAGUUAUUACUACUCUUGUAAAUAUUUAUAUUGUAAUCAGUUUGAUAUGGGGCUUUUACGAUUUGUAUAAGAAUCUUCCAAUUGUUGGAGGUGCCCUUAGAGCAUUAUUUGGACCUGUAGCCUCUUACUUUGAGCCACUAAUCAAGAACAAAGUAAUGUUGCUUAUUCCACUAGUAUUCUCGAAAGUAUGGGAGGCAUCUCUAAUAUUCUUCUCACUAUUUGCACCUAUUGUUGCUCUAUUUACGCCCCUAUGGAAGUUAAUUGUUAAUUUGUCACAUUUCAUUACUCAGAUAUUUAAACCCUUGGCAGACUUUUUGGUUUUACUUGGAAAUGGUAUUGUUUAUCCAUUUAUACAAUUGUACAACCAUUUGUUAUUGCCACUGUUCAACUUUUUAUCAGUUUCUUGCUCAGCAAUUGCAAAGUUUAUUGCUCUAUUUGGUACAGGAUUAUAUGCUGCAAUUCAAGUUCCUGUUCAAUUGAUAUCAUUUGUUUGUACAGAGUUGAUAGAUUUUGUUGUUGAGCUUUUUACUGCUAUUUCAGCUAUUAUUUCAUAUCCUGUUACAUUGUUUAAGGUUUUAUUCAAUGUAAUUGUAGGAUUCUUCCAAAUGGUAGCUUAUCCAUUCACUAAAAUUGGUAGCUUAUUCAAAUAUAAGAAAGAACUUGAAAAAGCUACAGAAGUAGUAACAAAUGUAGCUAUGGCUUCUGGACAGGCAGUUUCCACAACUUCCACAUUUAAAGACUAUCUCAUGAGUUUGAAAGAAAAUUUCCAACCAUUGUCUAGUUUGUGGACUGGUAUCAGAAGAAUUAUUGAUAGUAUUAUUCACACCUAUCACACAAAGAUCAAACACAGAUCUGUUUGGAAGAGAAGAAUUUUAAUCACAAUUAUUUCUCUUAUUGUGUUAGCAGGAUUUAUUAUUGUAUUUGCCUUAGUGUUUUAA